GCCUGUUGUAAAGCUCGCCAAUCUAUCUAUUAUGAAGGCAGACCAGAAAAGUCUCUUUGAUUCUUCAAAUGCAGUUGAUGUGUCAUCUGUUGUAAUGCUAAUAAGUUGUGUAGAUUGCAUGAAAGGUGAUCUACGGGUCUUGAAUAUCAAAUUGAUAAUACGAGAUAACGAGAAGAGGUGGCUCCAACUAACAGGGUUGUGACCAUCUCUUAAGGAAUUCCAAGACAGUAUAAUGAGUGCUUGGAUUGUAUCGAUAUCUAAAGAAUUAUUUGAUUCGUUUAGGACGAUAUCGCGAGAUCGACUGGCCUGUUCUUCAAUUCCGAGUGGAAGAGUUAUUGCAGUUAAAGGGCAAAUGUAGUCAGAUUUAAUGAAUGUCAAAGUAGAGUAAAUGAUUGCAUUUAAAGUCAACCUCAGGAUAGGCUUACUUUUGUUCAAGAAGGGUGUUUGCAAGUGUAGAGUGUGAAAGAAAAGUUCUACAAUUUGAGUAACUGUUGAUUGAUUGAGAGUGUAAUUGUCAGUAAAGAAAGCUGAUGACGUUGAUAUCGAAGGUGAUGUACUAUCAUGACUAUGGUGAUUCUGAUAGAACGAUAGUUGCUCUUCUAACUCAGCUACUCGCAUUUCUAAUUGCUUGCCCGCGCCUUUCUUCAAACCUGGUUUACGUUUCUCAGAGAAUAGACAAUCAUCACCACGUUUUAUACAGGCAUUACAGGGUUGUUUACCAUUGCAGCGUACUCUACGGGCCCUGCAACGUGUACAGCUCGUCGCCAUUGGUCUAUUUGUUAGUGUCAUUGAUGACUUAAUUAAAGCAACUCGGUCUAAUAUUCUAGCGGUGAGUUUAUUAAGAAAAAAGCAAAAAGCAGAAUAAAAGAUAAUUUAUUAGUUAGUUUUAAUAACUUACUAGGGACUAUAGCAGUAAUCACUAGACUACAACUACGAUAGAAGCCAUAAGUAGAGAAUAAUACUAGCUUAUAGAAUCUAAAAGUAGAAAUUUAAUUACAAGAAGAAAUAUUUUAUUAUAUAAUUAAGAUCAGAGACUGGCUUGAGUCUUUUUCUGAGCAACGAUGAACAAAAAUAAAGUCGUCGAUGAUUUUAUUGGGACGAUAGAUUCAGAUGAAGAAAUCGAUGAAAUAGAGGAACUCGAGGAACCAGAGCAGCCAAAGUUGUCCAAGAAAGAACAGAUACAGAGGCGUAAGAACAAGGAAGUCAUACAAGAUAAACCAGUCUCUAGUAAAGGGAAGGAAAUUGAACUCGAAUUCGAUUUUGAGAAUAUAAACAACCAUCUAAACCUCGCAAAAUCUGAUGAACUCCAGUCUAUCAAUAGCAGCUCAAUCGACAACAUUAUAAAGAAGAAGCUCAACACUUUGGAUGACACUCUAAAGGAGAAGAGGAAGAGUGUUCUUGAUAAAAACGAUAUCGACGACGAAGAAGAAGACGUCAACGACGACGACACUGGGAGCGAAAACGACGAAAACAUCAUCGACGAUGACGACGAUGACCCUCUCGCUUCCUCAGAUGAGGAGAACGUCGAGGAAGACGAUGAAGACGAUGAAGAUGUCGAACAAGACCAAAAAGAAGAAAACUCAGACGAAGACGACUCAGAGGAAGAUGAAGAUGAGGAGCGCAAGAAGAACGAAUUCUUUGCUCAGCAGCCAACAGCAUCAACCAACAAAAAGAACACUUUCACUUCCCUAGGCCUCUCGAGACCAAUUCUCAAGGCAAUCUCUGGUCUAGGAUUCACUCAUCCAACACCAAUCCAAAAGACUGUCAUGCCAGUCGCCCUUGCAGGUAAAGAUGUUGUCGGUCAGGCCGUUACUGGUUCAGGUAAAACUGCUGCCUUCAUUUUACCAGUUUUAGAGCGUCUGAUGUAUCGUCCAAAGACUUCUUCAAAGGGUGGUGAGACUAGAGUACUCGUCUUGUGUCCAACUCGUGAAUUGGCUCAGCAAUGUUUUGAAGUUGGUCAAUCAUUGAGUAAAUUUAUGGGUGAUAUCUCAUUCUGUCUUUGUGUUGGUGGUCUUUCACUCAAAUUACAAGAACAACAAUUAAAACAGCGUCCUGAUGUCGUUAUAGCUACCCCUGGUAGAUUAAUCGAUCAUGUUCGUAAUUCACCUAGCUUCACAUUAGACGCCCUUGAUAUUCUCAUCAUGGAUGAAGCUGAUAGAAUGCUUGAAGAUGGUUUCAAAGACGAACUCGAUGAGAUUGUCAAGGAAUGUCCAAAGAACCGUCAAACGAUGUUAUUCUCUGCGACGAUGACCGAUAAGGUUGAUGAACUUGUCAGACUCUCCCUCAAUAAACCAGUAAGGUUGUUUGUAGAUCCUAAAAAGUCAACUGCAAAGGGUCUUACUCAGGAGUUCGUACGUAUACGUUCUAAUAGCAAGAAUGAUUUGAAGGAACGUACUGCUACACUGCUUUCACUCUGUAGAAGAACAUUUAAGCAACGUACUAUCAUUUUCUUCCGUAGUAAAGCACUCGCUCAUCGCAUGCGUAUCAUGUUCGGUUUAAUGGAACUCAAUGCUGAAGAACUCCACGGUGAUCUCUCCCAAGAGCAACGUUUGAACGCAUUAGAGAGGUUUAAGAAUCAGAAAAGUGAUUAUCUUCUAGCUACCGAUCUCGCAAGUAGAGGUUUGGAUAUUAAAGGUGUUGAAACAGUUAUCAACUUUGAUCUACCAAAUCAAAUUGAAAUAUACCUACACAGAGUUGGUAGAACUGCAAGAGCUGGUACAUCAGGUAGAUCUGUAUCACUCAUUGGUGAAACUGAUAGAAAAAUGCUCAAGAAUAUCGUCAAACGCUCUUCAGCACAAUCUACAGAUUCUAUAAAACAUAGAAUAGUACCAACUGAUGUUCUCUCAGAUGUCGCAGAACUUGUUGAAAGUUUACAAGACCAAAUUGAUGAGAUUCUCAAAGAAGAAAAGGAAGAUAGAGCUAUCAGAGUUGCUGAAAUGGAAUUACAAAAGUCUAAAAAUAUGAUUGAACAUGAGGAUGAAAUCAAGUCACGUCCUGCGAGAACAUGGUUCCAAAGUGAAAAAGAAAAGAAAGACAGUAAAGAGGCUGGAAAAGAGCAAUACAAUGCCAACUUUGAUAAAGGUGAUGCUGAUAAGACCAAGAAAACACACGAUUCUCUCGGUCGUAAACUCAAUGCAUUCUCCGGUUUGAGCAGAAAAGACAGACGUAAGAAGGAAAUGAAGGAAGAGCUCGAAGCAGAUAAAAAUAAGAGUAAAGGUAUCGAUUACGCUGUUAGAUCCGCAAAGAAGGCCGUCAAACCACAAAGGAUGUCGGUACUCGCAGAUUCUUCAGCUAAAUCAUCACAAGCCAAGUCGCAACCAUCGAAGAAACGUAAAUCAACUGGUUUCGAGGAGGACAAAUCUGUCAAGGCUCCUAAAAAGAGCAAAGAAGGUGAACGCGCUAAACCAGGCGCUGCUAUCGGUCGCUCAAAUAAGAAACCUCGUGCUAAGGGCAAAGGAAAGAAGUAA